GUGGAAGGAGGGUUGCCGGGUCCCAUCCGACUCAGAAAGAAUGAAAAAAAAGGUGGUUGUCAUCCUUGGCUGUUUCUUGGUGAUUGGUGAUGCGCCACUAUAUAGCGCAGCAGGCUGAUGCGGCCUGUAUUCAUCCCUUCCUCUUCCUCCACCCUCCGUCGGAGUGGAUCUGCUCCAGAAGCGCCGUUUGACCGUUUCCCCACCUCACCAACCCGGGGAAAACUCCACUCCCCUUCUCCGUAAAGCUCCGGAACAGAGAUUUUGUUCAAGAGCACCCUAUCAUCCACAAUCCAACCCUGUUACGAUCGGCAGAAGUAUCUAUCUAACUAGCUAGCCAGCUCAUCACCACCACUAGUCAUCUCCUCUAACGAGCUGCUGCCUGCUGGUAUGGGUUCUGAGAAGCUGAAGCAUGUGGAUGAAGCCCUGCUCGAACAUUGUGAGAAGCAGACAUCGAAGGAGGAUGACAAAAGCCAUGGUCCCUCAUUGCUUACCGGAGUCGGCUUCAUGUUCCUGACUUUUAACUCGGGUAUGGCGGUGUACCGGUCGAAUGGAGACUUGGGAGCCAUCUGCUUCGUGGGCUUCUCCUACCUGGACCUUGUCCUGCUUUUCUUCUGCCUGAGCUGGUACGAGAGGACGCCCCCAGAGUCGCCCCAGCGGGAGCACCUCAAGAUGGCAGUGUGGCUGCUUACUACGAUGCUCACUGCUGCCUUCUCCUACAAGGUGGCGGCAAUUAUGCCAUUCCCGGUGCAGGUGUUGGUGUGGAUCAUGGCCAGCGUCACCAUACUCGGUGGCUUCUACGCCUUCUUCCUGCACCGGGAAGGAACCAAGGCAUAAUAAGGUACAACUAUAUUUACUUUUAGCUUAAAUUCUGAUGAGAUAAAUUAGCCGUGCUGCUUUGAGAGAGAGAGAGAGAGAGAGAGAGAGAGAGAGAGAGAGAUAGUAAAGGUGUCUUGUGAAAAUGAUAUUUCCCAAGGACAAAUGCCUGUACUGAAGAAACUUAAACUGGGCAGAUGCUGGAAUCUCCCUUCAUUUGCCAUAUGCACGAGAUUUGCCAUGGUCAGGCUCAGCCUGAAGACCGGACCUAGAUUUCAACUGACAUUACCUUGACAAUUACAUGAACAAUAAUAUUGUGAUGGGCAGCAUGUCGUUUGGAACAUCAUUCGACUCACGCCCUGUUUGGAUC